ACCUCCCCUCCGUCAGUUCUUUCUUUUCUCCUCCCUUCUUCUUCAUCCUCUCGACAUUACCCAGCGAUCGAUCUGAUCUCCCAUCAUAGUCAUUGGAGUCCAAAAGCUGAACCGUCCCUUUCCUCUCCGGUAGCCGUCGUCGUCCUCCAAGACAGGGUAGAGGAUUUACUACUGUCGUCUUCUUCUUCUUCUCCAGCCGCCGCCUCCUGCUACAGACCUGAUGUUACUCGCGGACCUGAUGGGUCCUCUUCCUCUCUUCUUUAUUUUCCAGCAUCAACAAAGUAACCUCUAAAAGAAUCAAGCAUCAAGAUAAAGGCUGGUAUUCUACUCAUGAUAUGAUAUGUAGCUGUUCGUCUGGCUUCACUCUUGUCCUUUAAGUGGGAUGAACUUCUUUUUUUCUAGUUAGGCAGUGUUAGCUAUUCAUCUUCUUUGGAGGAAACAUUAAGAUGAAGACAAACACGGAUUCUGGGCCAUUUGAUCCAAAUAAGAUGACAGAUACAUUGGGACCCGAAGAAUCCAGUGUUGGGGGGUUGUUUGUACCUGGGAACGACAGAGUUAUGUUCAGGCUUCCUGAGAGAAAAUCAAAUUUGGGGCUUGAUGUCCUUGCACAUGCAAAGCGAGUAGAAUCAAAGUUGGAGGGUUCAUUUAAGGUUCCUAAAGAAAGAGUUGCUUCCGUUGUAGCUUCUCUUGAUGAAGAGGAGGAAAGUCUUACUCAAUCAGGGAUUGAUCAAGCAUAUAAUGAUGGAUAUACUGGCCUAAGCAAUUAUAUGAAAAGGCAGUAUCGUGAGUUGUCUUCAACUGAGGGAUCAAAUUUAGGCAGUAUUGUAACAGAACUGAAAACUAUCGAGGCACUUCCUCCACAACAUGCAGAUAAAGAUACAAGGGUUUCAACCGUGUCUACUGGAAGGUCUAGGGACAGGAUCUCUGGUUCUGACAAUGUUGACCGUGAUAGAAGUAGAAGCAAGCGUAGGGAGCAGUAUAGAAGCUCAAGUAGAGAUACGAGGAACAGACAUGGCUCUGAGAGGGAGGGGAGGACCCCAAGGGAGUCUAAUGCUGAAGAAAGAAAGAGAAGUGGAGAAUAUGGGGGGAAGAGAAGCAGAUAUGAUUCAUCUACGACCUCUCCAAGCAGAUCUGGAUGGGAUGAUGGGCAAUGGGAAUGGGAAGAUACCCCUCGUCGUGAUGGUCACACCUCAAGUAGCAGAAAUCAUCAACAUUUUCGAUCACCCAUGUAUGUUGGGGCCUCUCCUGAUGCUAGGCUUGUUUCUCCAUGGAUGGGAGGACGUACCCCAAGUUCUUCUGCUGCAGCAUCUCCUUGGGAUAGCAUUGCCCCAUCCCCCACUCCUAUUCGGGCAUCUGGAUCGUCUGUAAGGUCUGCAGGAUCCCGAUAUGGUCGGAAGUCGAACCAGAUCACAUAUGUCUCAGAUGAGCUGCGAUUGGUUGAGGAGAAAGAAGAUGGCCCAGAAAACACAUUCGCAGAUCAGAAUGAGUUAUCAGAAAGUAUGCGUAUAGAGAUGGAGUACAAUUCUGAUCGCGCCUGGUAUGAUAGGGAAGAAGGCAGCACCAUGUAUGAUACUGAUAGCUCCUCUUUUUUUCUUGGUGACGAGGCAUCUUUUCAGAAGAAAGAAGCAGAGUUGCCUAAGAAAUUGGUCAGAAGAGAUGGAAGCAAGAUGACUCUUGCACAGAGCAAAAAAUUAUCACAACUAACAGCUGAUAAUGCUCAAUGGGAGGAUCGCCAACUUCUAAGAUCAGGAGCUGUCAGAGGAACUGAGGUGCAGACAGAAUUUGAUGAUGAAGAUGAACGAAAAGUUAUUCUUCUUGUGCAUGAUACAAAACCUCCUUUUCUUGAUGGUAGAAUUGUUUUCACAAAGCAAGCCGAGCCUAUCAUGCCAUUGAAAGAUCCUACAUCAGAUAUGGCAAUUAUAGCACGUAAGGGCUCUAAUUUGGUUAGGGAAAUUCGUGAAAAGCAGAGCAUGAACAAGUCACGCCAAAGAUUUUGGGAGCUUGCUGGUUCCAAGUUAGGUGAAAUCCUUGGGGUUGAGAAGACCGCAGAACAGAUUGAUGCAGAUACUGCUGUAGUGGGCGACGAAGGAGAAGUUGAUUUCAAAGUGGAUGCCAAAUUUUCACAGCAUUUAAAGAAGGGUGAUGCAGUGAGUGAUUUUGCUAAAUCGAAAACAAUAGCCCAACAGCGACAAUAUUUGCCUAUUUUUUCUGUACGAGAGGAGUUACUGCAGGUGAUCCGUGAGAACCAGGUGGUGGUGGUUGUAGGUGAAACUGGUUCAGGGAAAACAACACAACUGACUCAGUAUCUAAACGAAGAUGGCUACACAACCAAUGGCAUUGUUGGUUGUACUCAGCCAAGACGUGUAGCUGCUAUGAGUGUUGCCAAACGAGUUAGUGAGGAGAUGGAAACAGAACUUGGUGAUAAGGUUGGAUAUGCCAUUCGUUUUGAGGAUGUGACAGGACCCAGCACCGUUAUCAAGUACAUGACUGAUGGUGUGCUUCUAAGGGAGACACUCAAAGAUUCUGACCUGGAAAAGUAUCGUGUCAUUGUAAUGGAUGAAGCACAUGAGCGAUCUUUAAGCACAGAUGUGCUAUUUGGCAUUCUGAAGAAAGUAGUUGCUAGACGACGCGAUUUCAAGCUCAUUGUGACCUCUGCUACCCUUAAUGCUCAGAAAUUUUCAAAUUUUUUUGGGAGUGUACCUAUAUUUCACAUUCCUGGAAGAACUUUUCCAGUUCAAAUCUUAUAUAGUAAGACACCUUGUGAAGACUAUGUUGAAGCUGCAGUGAAGCAGGCCAUGACUAUCCACAUUACCAGUGCACCAGGCGAUAUACUCAUAUUUAUGACUGGUCAAGAUGAGAUUGAAGCAACCUGUUAUGCACUCUCUGAGCGUAUGGAGCAGCUGAUUGCAUCAAAAAAGGAAGCUCCAAAGCUGUUAAUUCUUCCCAUAUACUCACAGCUUCCAGCUGAUUUGCAAGCGAAAAUAUUUCAGAAGGCUGAAGAUGGAGCUCGCAAGUGUAUAGUCGCUACCAAUAUUGCUGAGACAUCUUUGACUGUUGAUGGAAUCUUCUAUGUCAUUGAUACAGGAUAUGGAAAGAUAAAAGUUUAUAACCCCCGCAUGGGAAUGGAUGCCCUCCAAGUGUUUCCUGUGAGUCGUGCAGCUGCUGACCAGCGAGCUGGACGUGCUGGAAGAACUGGUCCUGGGACAUGUUAUCGGCUAUAUACAGAAAGUGCAUAUUUAAAUGAAAUGCUUCCAAGUCCUGUGCCAGAAAUUCAACGGACCAACCUUGGCAAUGUUGUACUUUUGCUUAAGUCUCUGAAGAUUGACAAUUUACUGGAUUUUGACUUCAUGGAUCCCCCUCCCCAAGAAAACAUUCUCAAUUCCAUGUACCAGCUCUGGGUUUUGGCUGCUUUGAACAAUGUGGGGGAUUUGACUGAUCUAGGCUGGAAGAUGGUGGAGUUUCCCCUUGAUCCUCCCCUGGCUAAGAUGCUUUUAAUGGGUGAGCAACUGGGAUGCAUAAAUGAGGUUUUGACUAUCGUCUCCAUGCUUUCAGUGCCAUCUGUUUUCUUUAGACCCAAGGAUAGGGUAGAGGAAAGUGAUGCUGCCCGAGAAAAAUUCUUUGUACCAGAGUCUGAUCACCUUACCCUUCUGAAUGUGUACCAGCAGUGGAAAGCUAAUCAAUACCGGGGUGAUUGGUGUAACGACCAUUAUCUACAUGUCAAGGGGUUACGCAAAGCUAGAGAGGUGAGGUCCCAGUUACUGGACAUUCUAAAAACUCUCAAGAUUCCAUUGACUUCAUGUGGCCCUGACUGGGAUGUUGUGCGAAUGGCCAUAUGCUCGGCCUAUUUUCAUAAUUCUGCACGGCUGAAAGGGGUUGGGGAGUAUGUUAACUGUAGGAAUGGAAUGCCAUGCCAUUUGCAUCCAAGCAGUGCUCUGUAUGGGUUGGGGUAUACUCCAGAUUAUGUUGUUUAUCACGAGUUGAUCUUGACCACCAAAGAGUAUAUGCAGUGCACCACGGCAGUGGAGCCCCAAUGGCUUGCUGAGCUGGGGCCGAUGUUUUUCUCUGUCAAGGAAUCUGAUACAUCCAUGUUGGAGCACAAGAAGAAGCAGAAACAAGAGAAAACAGCCAUGGAGGAAGAGAUGGAGAACCUGAGGAAAGUUCAAGAGGAGAGGGGGAGAGAGAGGGAUGAGAAGGAAAGGAUUAGAAAGGCCAAGGAGCAGCAACAAGUUUCCAUGCCAGGGCUGAAAAAAGGCUCCUCCACUUAUCUGAGACCAAAAAGACUUGGUUUGUAGGCAUCGGAUUACAUCUCAAGCUGGCCAUGUUACAUUACUAUGGGGUUUCAUAAUGGUAGUAUUAUAUUUUUACUCAUACUGAUUUGCACAACCUGGUAGGCGCAUCCUCCCUCCAUCAGUGCAUAAUGAUUUCCUCAUGUAGUGUUUGUUUUUUCUUUAUGGAUACCAGCUGCAACUAUGAUGAAUCUUCUUAUUAAUGUACGCUCGUCCUGAUGUUUAUGAUUAUUUUUACGCUUGGUGUUGUAUCUACUAUUUCUAAGAUGCUAUUUCUGCUAAAAAAUUUAUAGGCCUCAAGUACUGGGGCGUCAAGCAGGCAAACCCAGAAAAUA